AUGGAUGUCUUACGACCAGGCACAGGUUCUUCCAUUUCUUCACCGGAGGAAUGCCCCCAGAUUUUGCUGAUGGGCUUGCGCACAUCUGGCAAGUCAUCCAUUUGUGAGGUGGUGUUCAACAAUAUGAAACCACUUGAAGCGUUAUACAUUGAAAGCACGACACACCCAACUUCGCGAGAAAUACUAAACGCCAGCUCGCUGUUUCGGUUUUACAUUACGGAGAUACCUGGGCAAAUGUCCGUCACAGAGGAAUCGGACCUUGACGUGAUACGGUACUUGCAAAACACAGGUGCGCUUAUUUACGUGAUUGACUGUCAGUCAGAAUACCUUGGCGCGCUUCAGAACCUUGUGGCCAUCAUUCACCAAGCGCUAUCAGUCAACCCUCUGAUCAACAUAGAAGUACUGAUUCACAAAGUCGAUGGGCUCACCUAUGAGUUCCGAUAUGAAACGCGACGUGACAUUAUACAACGUAUCCAGGCAGAACUCGAAGAGCUUGGUCUCAAGAAUGCUCAAAUUACCUUUUAUUUAACCUCUAUUUAUGACCGAUCGAUUCACGACGCUCUGUCACGCAUUGUUCAGCGGCUUAUUGCUGAAACUCCCACCCUUGAGUCUAUUCUCAAUAAUCUUUGCUCAAGUUCAGGUGUUGAAAAGGCCUUUUUAAUGGAUGUUAAGACCAAAAUCUAUAUUGCAACAGAUUCAUCACCUGUGGAUCCACAGACUUAUGAGCUAUGCAGUGAUUUUAUUGAUGUGACGCUGAGGAUUGACGAACUAUAUAAAACUCGAGAGGAUAGAAAGACAGUUGAGCGCCGAAUGCGUGCUCUGCGGCGAGUCGCAGCCGGAAAUAAUGACUCAACAGCUCAAGACGAUGACGAGCAGUCGGUACAACAGCAAGAGCAACCGGUGCCGCUUAAAACCAUGUCUAAAAUGCAAAACGGGAUUGCACUAUAUCUCUCGCAAAUGGUCAAGGGCCUGGCGCUCGUGGGCUUUAUUCGCACAGAAACUGUUGAGAAAACGGCAGUACUGGAUUAUAAUGCUGAAAUUGUCAGCGAGGCUUUGAAAAAAAUGUGGCCUCAUAGUGAAGAGUAA